UAGCAGCCAAACCCAAACUACGAUGGUCCUCAAACCAUCUCUCGCCUCGCUCCCGAACUUUCACCUUCCCAGCUCCUCCUCGGCGGCAAAACCACCCCUGCGCUCCUUCUUCUGGCUCGAGAAAGCUUCUGCUCAAGAUUCAAGGUACAGCCACGCUGCUCUCAUCAUCGCCACCUUCUGUGUAUAAGUAGCCGGUGCUCCCUCCUCUGCUCUUCGUCCGACAUACUCUCCGAUAUCUGAUAUCCCUCUCUAUCUGAUACUACUCUAUCAACGUCUACACUCCUUCUACUUCUUGCUACCUGACAUCACAAUGGCCAACAACCUCCUUACCCCCCCCGGCGAGACCUCCCCUAGCGUCAUCAUGGCCUCCACCCUCACAAUGCUCAAGAGCCAGGCCUUGACCCUCUCCCACCUCAGCAAUCUGUACACCACCGACUCCCCCACCCAGUCCAGCUACAUCUCCGCCAUCCAGAUCAUGCACAACUCCCUCCUCUCCGGCGGCAAGAUCAUCCUCGUCGGCAUGGGCAAGUCCGGCAAGAUCGCCGACAAGCUCUGCGCGACCAUGAACUCGCUCUGCAUCCACGCUACGACCCUCCACCCCUGCGACGCCCUUCACGGCGACCUCGGCGUCGUCCGCCCGGGCGACGUGCUCUUCAUGAUCACCGCCUCCGGCGCCACCCCCGAGAUCCUCCAGCUCCUGCCCCAUGUGCCCGCCUCGCUCCCGCGCAUCCUCCUCACCUGCAAGCCGGACUCCGUCAUCGGCCGCAUGUCGCAGGCCGUCGUCUCGGCCGCCAUCCCGCACAACCUCAACGAGCGCGAGAUCUACGGCGUGCCCGCCCCGACCACCACCACCACCGCCUGCCUCGCCGUCGGCGACGCGAUCUGCAUCACCCUCGCCGAGAUCAUCACCGCCGAGCAGGAGGAGCGCAAGCAGAACUUUGGCCGCUACCACCCCGGCGGCGCCAUCGGCAACACUUACAAGGACGAGAAGGCCGAGGCCAAGCCCACCUACAAGGACGUCAUGAUCCUCUGGACCGAGCAGGUCGGCCAGGCCGACGAGACCGACGAGCUCUCGAUCCUCAGAGCGGCCGCGGGUCGCCGAUGGGUGUGCGUUGGCGGCAAGCGUCUGCUGCGCAGCACAGAGAUCGCCGGCCGAUCGUCGUUCGUCUCUGGUCUGCCUAUCGCGCAGAUGAAGCGUGUUGAGGCUCGCGAUGUCUUUGACGAGAGCAAUACCACUGACGUGCUCUUGGUCGUCAGAGACCACGCUAUCGUUGGUGUCUACGAGCCAUGAGCGAGUCUGAUGCGAUGCGAUGCGAUGCGAUGCGAUUACAGUGACGUGACAACUACAUAGAAGCAGCAAAGCUGCGAGAUCUCCUAUCCCUCUGCUACUCUACUCUAUAAUUAGAGCUCGAGUAAGCACACACAGACACAGUACCGGGAUACAGAGUUCCUCAACUCAAAGGCGUCUUGAUUUUAAAAAUAACUGGGAUAUUGUUUUGUUUUUGCUUGUUUUUGCUUGGAAAUUACUCCGUCUAGGAUAUUUGGCUUGUUCUGGUGUUAUUAUUGCUUCCUUCACUUUUGGUAAAUAGCUUUGGAAUAUAGAAUCUACCCUCACA